AAACCGCGAUAAACAUCCGAGAAAGCAACACCGUGGAGCCAACGAGGGUGUCAGGGUUGGCAACAUAGCGGGUGUUACUCCAUCUAGUACGGAGUGUUUAUUCUGCCGCGUAUAUCGACCGGUGAGCGCUCGCGGCUCGGAGGGCGCGCGCCGCCCGGCUCAGUCGCGAUCGCCGCCUUGACGCUGUUGGAUGUCUCCUCACCUCAAGUGACAGCUGCUGCCGAUUUCUUAACAACAAAUCGAUCUUAGCAAAACAAAAUCUCAAAUAAUACUGUAUCGAAUUCGAAUUGUCGGACGUUUUAGAAGCAUGCUUAUGUGACGAAACAGAACUAGAGUGUUUGGUUUGUGAAUUAAAAGAUUGCGGCUUUUGCUGGUUGGCAAAUCUUCGAGCGGCUGUCCAAAGGUGCAGGAGUAGCGUUAGAAAAUACAUGAACAGAUUCCACGAAAACAAGCAUUCAAUAAUGGCGGUGAAAUUACUUCUGAGAAUUCAAUCCAUUUUAAUAUUUACGCAUUGAAAGCAAUAACUGUGAUGUGAAGAUUUAGGUGUAGGGUUAAGAUAUUUUGUAUUGGUUCAAUGGGACGUGGAAGGAGUUGCGCGCUCAAAUGAGUCAGUUGCCGAAUAAGCACCAUCGCCCUGAGGCGACUUACAGAAGUUGUUCUCAGUCAUUGCCUCUUGAUAUCCUAUGGUUGCCGCGGUCGUCGUUCCGGCCGGCGGAGGGCGAGCUGGCGGACUGCGUUCUGGUGGUGGGCGUGUCGCGGCCCAAGCUAGCCGCGGCGCUGCUCUCCGUCACGCUACUGUCGCUCUUUCUCACCUUCCAUGUCCUCUAUGACAGCGCACUCUAUAGUAUACAGGCGGCCAGCAUGGCGUCAGCUGCUAGCGAGAAUCGCAAGAUGUUGCUUAGCCAAGAGAGUGACACGCGUACCAUCAGUCACCCCAUGGCGUUACGGAAGAGACUUAGACCUCCUAAGCAGCCUAGACCUGCUCGAAGACUUCCACAGGCUUUAAUCGUCGGCGUCCGGAAAUGUGGCACUCGAGCUCUCCUGGAAAUGCUGUACCUACAUCCGAUGGUCCAAAAGGCUUCCGGAGAAGUUCAUUUCUUCGACAGAGAUGAGAACUACGCUUUGGGCCUGGAAUGGUACAGAAGUAAAAUGCCGUUGUCGUUCAAAGGACAAAUCACCAUUGAGAAGAGUCCUAGCUAUUUUGUUACGCCAGAGGUACCAGAACGCGUUCGGGCAAUGAACUCCUCAGUCCGUCUUCUACUAAUAGUCCGGGAACCAGUUACACGAGCGAUAUCCGAUUACACGCAACUACGAAGUCGGGCCACACCAUCUGUGCCAGCCCAAUCUCAGUCAACCGGACAAGCUAUUGCCAACACUGCGAAACCCUUCGAACAUCUAGCCAUCUCUCCAGACGGAUCUAUCAACGUGGCUUACAGGCCGAUAGCGAUAUCUCUAUAUCACGCUCAUCUGCAUCGUUGGCUGGAGGUGUUUCCACGAGAACAAAUCCUGGUUGUCAACGGCGACCAGCUUAUUGAAGACCCAGUGCCACAGUUGCGUCGGAUCGAGAAGUUCCUUGGACUCGAACAUAAAAUAGGAAGGAAAAAUUUCUACUUCAAUGAAACAAAAGGGUUCUAUUGCCUCCGCAACGACACGACAGACAAAUGUUUGCGCGAGACAAAAGGUCGUAAGCACCCGAGAGUCGAUCCCACCGUUGUGACUAAACUGAGGAAGUUCUUUAUACAGCACAACCAGAAAUUCUACGAUCUCGUCGGAGAGGAUCUUGGCUGGCCUGAAGAUUAAAAGGUUGCUUGGAUAACAGAAAAAAAAUAAAAAAAAUAAACCAUAUUAUUAUAUCCAAAAACACCAUAAUUUCUAUAUAUGAUUUACUAAUGAAAUUAUAUAAGUAUACACCGUAGCAAUAAAAAAAAAAAAUGUUUUACAAAAAUUUAUCUUCACUUAAAAAAAUUUAGAGAUUUAGGCAAAUAAAUACCAAGCAAUAAAAUUUUAGGGUUGAAUUAUAAAGUAAUUGGAUUUCAGACGCCUUGUUAAUAAAGAAUUAAAUAUAAUGAAUGUUGUGAUCAGAUACAUAUCAAAAGUAAAUUAUUAAAUAUUUCUUAAAGUAAAUAAUACAUAUCAUUAGAAUGUAAAUUUUUUUAAUCUUUACGUAUAUACAUUUAAACAUAGUUUAAGUCACCCAGGAACAAAAAAUUUAUUGAUCUUGUAAUUUUCAUAAAAUAUUAUUUAUUUACUAGCAAAAAUAUAUUUAUAAUAUUAUGAAUUAUUAACGAUUCAGUUGGCUAUACAAAUUUUAUGAGAACCACUUUUAGAAUUAUUAAAAACGUUUAAAAUAGAAGUUUGCACUAGGAAAGGGAACAAUGUAAUGAAUGGCACUGAACCGCAAUUCUUAAUAUAAAUAAUAUCAAGAUAAAGUUCAUGGAAAAACAAACAAAAUUCGUACAUAAAGACACGGGUAACGUGUUUUUUUUUCUAUAUCCGCGUUCAAUACCUAAAUUCAACUAAGGAUGUAAAAGGAAGAAUUGAAAAAACAAUCUUAAACAUAAUGUCUGAAAAGGCGUUGUUCUCAACUACCUUCCGAUUGCCAAGAAUAGGAAAACUAUUUUCACCUAAAUAAUUAAUCAGUGUGGUGGGUGCCAUUUCGCAUGAUGAAUGUAUUUACGAGCUAGUUUAUGCAUGAAAAGAUCAGAAUUGUAUAACGAACGCCAAUUUGUUAAGCGCUGAUUUAAAAACAAAAAAAAAAACCGACCCAUUGGUAUCUUGAGCAAUAUAUUUUUGUAAAUGUAAUUAAGGAUUUUAUUAAGUAUACAGAAUUACGGCACAGUCGUGAUUUUUCAUACGAUUUGUGAUUUUUUUUUUAGUACAGAAAUUGAAUAUAAGUAAGUACUAAGAAUGCGUGUUGUAAAAUAGAUUUCAAGCUUUCCUCUAUUUAGAUGUUGUGAUUGGUCGUGUGUUAUUGUAGUUGUUUUACAUAUAAAAAUAAAUAUUUCGUUUUGUCGCUAAAGAGAAAGUCCUAUUCUUCGAAAUUAAUACAAAUUAGUAGAUUAAUAAAUGUUAUUAUAAUCUUCUCGUAGCGUCUAAAUUGCGGAUUCUUAUUUUUAUCUAUAUCAAUGUUUUAUUAGUUCAUAGUCUUCUCUUGGUUACUGGUCUUCGACUAAUACGUGUUAGUUUUUUUGGUAGUACGUGCCGAUUGAAUGUGUCAACGCCGUUAUUAAUAAGAACUGGUGUGAAGCAAUUCUACGCGGGUUGAGAGUAUUCUUUAUAAGUGUAACAAUAAAGACUGAAAAGAGUUAGUUGAAUAAGUCUAAGUAAUAUCUUUAUAGCUUAAAUGUCCAUAGCUAUUACGGGAGACGGCGAGCCCUUUAGCAAAGCAACAUCGAUGUUGGGCAGUUAGGAGACUUAGUUUAUUUAAGUAGUAUUUGCUUCGGUGUUAAAUUUGUUCAGAGUCAACGAAUAUUUAUAUGUUUUUAUAUUAUAAUAAUAAUAUCGCAUCAUUUGCGGACACUUUUGACAUUGUCAGAAAAUAUGCAAUAAGUACACAUUAUUAAGUAAUAUAAAGAACGAUCUUGAUUCACCAUUGAACGGGAUGUGUUGAAAAUCUAGUAUUUACCAGACACAGGGAUUUGACAGACUUAACAUAAUACAUAUUAUAAGUGAAAAUAUCUUCUAUUCUCAAUUAAAAUUUAAUUAUAUUAUUAUAUGAUAAUUUUUCCAUAUUCCUUAAUUAGUGUCAACCCAAAAAUUACCGUUAUUUUAUUUGUACACACUUCAUUAUAGCUUAGAGAAAAUACAAUUUUCAACACAUCACGUCUCACAAGAAUAUCAAGCAUAUCAAUAUUAUAAUAAAUAUUAAAUAGUUACUACACUAAUAUUUUAUAAAUUUAAAUAAUAUUUAGAUAACAAGAAUCUUUGAUUUAAGUAUUGAAUUAGUCUGUGGAUAAUUUAAUCACUGUUAAAUGUUGUGCACUUUCGUAAAGUGUAGUUGAAACUUUUAUUAGUGAGAUAAAUUUAUUAGUUUAAUUUUUUUUGUGUACAAAGUGGAUUCGUGAUGUUUUCAAUUUCUACAACACUUAUUAGGUUUAACUAUAUUUUUGAAUCAGUUCACGGCGAGGGAGAAUGAAUUAUCUUGUCUUUUAGAAUAGCUGAAAUUCAGAGUUUGACCGUUUGAUGGUACAAUGAACAUAAUUUCGCACCGAUUAAAGGCAUAAUCCUUCCUCCGACCCCGGGACGACCGCCGCGGAUCAUUGCGGAGAGAGAAGUUCUCGUUCACUCUCUCAAUGUCGUGGCGUGCAAUCUUUGACAGGAUAUAAGACCUACUACACACAGACUAAAACAGACACUUGAAAAUAAUUCAAAAAUUAAAAAAAAUCAAGAGAGAAAUGGAACGAGAGCGUAUGUGACUAUUGGCAGGCAAUACUUUUUUUGACUUCCCACAAGACGUACACGAACCAGACGACAAGGAACGAAUUGACCGUCCUCUUAUGUACAUAAAAUAGACGACAAAAGAACUAACCGACCGUUCACUCACGUUCCGCCAACUCUAGUAUGAUGAUGGCCUCACAGAAGCCAAGCAUUGCCUUCCAGAACUCGUACAUCGUAACCUCUACUGUCGACAGCGACGACUCCGUCCCUUUCUUUUUCCUACCUAUGCUGAUAGCCUUGAGAGGCUAUAUCAGCUUUGCUCUAACGUGGAGGUGAGCUCACGGGGCUCAAACCGAAGUGGUGCUAACACUGGCCCUAGCAAGAGCAGUGCUUCGCAGAAUCUACCACCGGAUCGGAAACGCGACCCACUGAGAAGAUCCGGCGAGAAACUCAGUGGGCUGUAUCUGUGGGACUCCGUCCCAUUAGCGCGACAAAGACACGACGCUGUCUCUCUCAAAGUAGCUAGCUAGAUAUUUCGUAUGUUCCGUAGCGUUUUCGUCACAGCAACAAUGGUGGCUCUCCGUCACGGCAAGACGCAACGAGUUCAGCUUUUUUUUUAUUCCUUAGAAGACAGUCGAGUAUACGGCCCACCUGAUCAAAAAUUGUCAUUGAUACUCGUGAAAAUCAAGAAAAAGGAGACUUCAUAGCUCUUAGGAAAUAUCAGGCUUGGAAAAAAGAAAUCUCUGGAAACGAAAAAUCUUCACUGCGGAUGAGCGCGGUGAGUAAAAUGGAGAUGCGAUCGUUUAGAGAUUUUUGUGGAACGAAGCAAAAUAUAGCCCGUUUAGACUUUCAUAAAAUUGAUAAAAAAUGUUAUAUUAAAAUUUAUCAGAAUAGAAUUGUUUGAGAUGAUUCCAACAUCUCGUUUUUAACAUCGCGCCCGCCACCGCAGUGAGAUCAUCCAUACUGCUUGGAACCACUGCGUUCAUCCACAAUGCAAUUCUAGAGAUCUUGUUUGCCAGGUAUCGUCCGACUGUGGAAUGAGCUUCCCCACGGUGUUUUUUCACGAGCGCUAUAACAUGUCCUUCUUCAAACGAAGCUUGUGGAGAGUACUUCACGGUAAGCAGCGGCUUGGCUCUGCCACUGGCAUUGCAGAAGUCCAUGGGCGACGGUAACCACUCACCAUCAGGUGGGCCGCAUGCUCGUCUGCCUACAAGGGCAACAAAAAAGAAAUUAUUAUACACCGAAUCCAGAUAAACAAUUUACAAAUGUUAUCUAUGUUUGAAUUGCACCGACUCACUUAAUUUGAAUAAUGUUGAAUAAUUUAAAGCAAACACCAAUCCUUUCGCAGCAACACUUCGUCUGUAUAAAGCAGACAUUCGUGUGCAAAUCUCAAUAAAAUAUGUAUACACCUGGUGCGGAUUUCCAUUUUUUAAAUAAAUAUGUAUGGAAACAGCCUUGUAAGGGAAUAGUCGAUGACAACGCUUUGUAUUGCGUGUAUAUGCAGCACCACCGACACAUUUAGCAAAACAUAGUUUCGAAUAGACGUUACUGGAGUGAUUAAGUGUAAAUAUUGUGGAAUAAUCAGAUUAGAAAAUAAGCUUUAGCGUUGAAUUUUGGUAACAAGCCGGCCUGAGAUAAAAGGCUUUGUAACCAACCCAAAUAGAGUCAAUCAAAUUCAAUAUCUGUUAUGGUUGACGUAUUACUUUGUUCUCCGGUGUUAUUGUUUCUUGAAUUUCACAUUAAAAUCACCCCUUAGGGAAUAUCUUGCUAAAACGUCACAAUACUUGAAGGGCUGUUGCGAUGAGAAUCACCCGCCUUAUAUUGUACCAUCGAAAUUAAUUACACUGCACAGCUUCCUAGAGCUUUUACAACCUAUCACUAUGUAAAUUUAAUUGGGAGAAUUCCAAAUUUGUAUUUAAUUAUGUCAUAUAAAAUUGGUUUAAUCAUUUGAAACAAGGUAGGAGUUUAUGACCGUGAAUCUGCGUGGUCUUCGAGUUUAUACAAAUCCGGCUGACAGUCUAAUGCUAUCCAAACUUCUAACAAAACGAGCAAGUUAUUUACAAAGAAAAAUAAAGAAGAAACAAAAUGGAAAUGUACUAUAAAAUGGUAAAAAUUUUACAUAUUUAAAGAAAAAAUAUAAUUUUCCAUAGAGCUAUAAUAGUUAUAAAGCAUGUUAUUGGCAAAUAAAUAUGUGUUUUUAUGAAGUUUUAAAAUACAUCAAAUUGAUAGAAAUAUAUUCAUAAAACUGUUGUUUUUUAAGCAAGUAAAGUAAAAUUAAUAAUAUGUUUACAAUGUAUUAAUUAAUUGAUUAUUCAAAAUGACAUUGAAUUAUCGUAAAUAAUAUAUGGAUUAUUGUGCCGUAAACCUUCGCCGUGGCAGAUACGUUUAAUUCAUAUAUAAAAUAUAUCGUACUGUUGAACUGAUGAUUACUAAGAAAAAUGUAUUUUAUGUUUGAAAAGAUAAUGUACAAUUUAUAGCAGAUUUACAAAUUAUUCAUUAUUGCGUCACUUUCAAUUGUUACUUCAAUAUCUUGUAAAUAUCUUCUAAAGUCCUCUAGUUAAAUCAUCUAAAUCUUACGUCUUCUAUAAAUAAAGAAAUGAAUCAAC